AUAGGCGUUUGAUUAACCCAAUAGUAACUGAGAUUUGAAAGGCAAGGAAGAGACUAACCAAUAGAACUUCCGUGGGCGGGGCUCCCUGCCAAGCUAACGCAAGCGUUGGAAGUGGGAAGAAGAAGCCGAUUCUGGAAGCCAUUACGUUGCGCACACCAAUGGAGUAAAUACUACUAUUUUUGCGUACAAUACGCACAAUUACCUUUUGUGAAGAGUGUUUUCUGCAAUUAUGACAUCGGCCGCCAAAAAGAGAAAGAUGAAUUUCUCGGAGAGAGAGGUGGAAAUUAUUGUCGAAGAAAUUGAGAAACAAAAGCACACACUGGUUAACCACUUCAACGCUGGAGUCACCCACAUGGCAAAGAAUAACGCGUGGGUGGACAUCCUUAAAAAGGUAAACGCAGUCACCACCUGUCCCAGAGAGCUACCCGAGGUGAAAAAGAAGUGGUCCGACAUGAAGACGGAGGUUCGGCGGAAAGUGGCCCAGGCGCGGGCUGCAAUAGAAGGGACGUCCGCUGACUGCACUCCCGUUCCCGUUAUCCUCACUGCCAUGCAGCAGAGGAUUUGUAACCUCCUGGGGGAGGCUACCAUCAUCAGUUUACCAGCUGGAGACUCGGAUGCUGAGAUAAGUUUGCCUGUUACCGUCAACACCGCCACCACCGUCACACUAGCAGAGGCUCUUCCAGCUGGCCCAGAAACAGUAUGUGAUGAAACAAAACCACUGAAUGCUGAAACAUACCACGCUCUGGAGGAUGGAGGUGUGGUGGAGUACUGCACCACUACUGUCAGCGAUUCUGCACCUAGUGUGGUGGCUACUGUUGAGACUCCAGUAGAGAUGCUAGCCUCGUCUUCAGCAUCCCCACCACUGCCUCAGAGUCAGGCCAAGCCCCAUGAGCUGAAGAGCCGCAUUGCCCUCAACUCUGCACGCCUGCUGCAGGAGCAGAGAGUCACCAAUGUCCACAUUCGACAGAUAGCCCAGCACAUGGAGUGCCAGAAUGAGCUGUUGCAGAUGAUGCGGCGCUCACAGGAGGCCCAGGUUUUUGCCCAGGAAAGGCAAGCCCAGGCUCUGGAAGGUACCCAGGCUGCUUUACUUGCACUAGUACAGGUACUCAGACCUGCACUCAAAGACCUGCGCAAAUUUCUGCAGAGUGGGACUGAGGUCGCAAACCCCAGCAGUUCAGCAACAGGCACGAUGGUUGACAGAGCAGUAAUGGAAGAGCACAGCAGGCCCAAAACACCACCACUUCUUCCACAGCAAGCGGAGGAGACACAGUAGACACUUUAUGUUGACCACUGCCUUCCUUCUGCGUUGCACAAAGCAGAGUCCAUGCACACAGACAAUUCAGUGUUCUAGUCAGGGAAUGCCUUAGGGAGCGCAUGUAAAGACUUUUACUUAUGCUUUAUGACUUGUAAAGAACAAAAGAAAACAAAGUAAUGGUUAUUUCUACUUUUUACUGUCUGGCAGAGAGUUUGUUUUGAUUUGAAUUUUAAUUUUAAUGCAUCUUAUAUAGCCCAGUGAUAGAGUAGUAACCUGUCCAAGUUGUACCCCACCUCUGGCCCAAUGACAGCUAAAAUGUCUCUCUAGAAAAUAAGUGAUAAUAGAUAAUGGAUCUGAUAUUAUGAUAUAAUGCAAAUAUGCUAGAGCUCAUCAUUCUGAUUCAGUAUUUAAUUCUUCAAGUCAUUUGCAGUUUCUUUUAAAGGAAGUCUCUUGAUUUAUCAGUAAACAUGCCCUAUAACCAGAAUGUCUUUGCACCCGAAGAUCUGAAGAAAGUCUAUAUCUUGUUUUCUGUACAGACUGCAAUGCUGAUAAUCAACCAAAAGAGGGCAGAGUGUAAACAAGUUUCAUCAGAGGUUGAUCAGUCGUGUCAUUGGCGUGAAAUACAGCAUUUGUUUAUAGGCUUAUUACACACUCUGGAUUACAUAGAUAAUAAACAAUAUAUAGAAAGCCAAAGGCAGGGUCUGCACGAUUUCUCCCACUAGUAGUGCAUUAGAACUUUCCAAAAAUGACUUGUUAUUCCACUGGAAUUGGCAGAAUGUGUAAGUACAGUUGAUGAUAAAGAAACAAUGUAAAUCUAUUGGCUCACAGUGGUUCAGCACAAGUGAGCUUCUUCAUGAAGCGUCUUUGCAUGUUCACAUCACACAAUACGGCUGAAAGAAGUUUAAUUUGAUGAAGUUAAAGACCAUGACAAACUGUUUACCUCUGUAAACCUAUAAAAUUAAGCUUGUAGUGAAGAUCCUUAUAUUCUUUAGUUUUCUCAUUCUCUUCCUCACUUAUGCCACUUCCUUUACCUCACUUCUUUUCCCCUUCUUUCCCCAUCUUUGAUUGACUUUUGCUCUCACCUUUUGCCACUCUUCAUUUAGCUGAUUGAGCACACCUCGCACAUUAUUUAAAGCAGGCACUCCUCACCACACUUUCCUUCCUCACCUUUGCAUGGGUUGGCAGUGCUGGUAAGAGUUUAAAUUAUCUGUUCUUUAGGUUCUUUAGUUCUGACUAGUUUCAUAGAGAACCUUAUUUCUUAAAAUGGACAUUACUCCAUUUAUUAAAAUCUAAAAUUUCUAAGUUUUAAUCUCACAUUUGCUUUCUUUCAGAUUUCCCCACCCACGUGUUUUUUGUCUUCACUGAAUUUAUGUUUUAAAUUCUGAACCUUGUAGAAUAAAUUUGUUCAAAACUUGA